CCAGUUUGGAGCUGGAGCAAGGAACGAAAACAAAACCAGAGGCUGAGCUCUCUCCGGCUUGCUCGGUUGUAGGCCGCGUGUUAUUUUAUUUUAUUUUAAUUUUUUGAAUGACUGCAUGCUUCUAUGAAAUAGGGGCGAGUUACGGACCGUGAAUGCAUGCUGCAAAUGAGGCUUGAACCCUGAUUGAAAGGACCUACAUAAUCCAUGCAAAGGAAUGCUGCAGUUGCAAUCUUGCCACUUAACAUCCUUUCUACAGUGGAAAUGCUGGAAAUCAGAAAUCCCGUUCCUGAAAGCCAAAACAUGAAACAGCUACCAGCGGAAACUGUUCGACUUCUUUCUAGUUCGCAGGUCAUUGUAUCAGUUGUCAAUGUGGUUAAAGAACUGGUAGAGAAUUCUUUGGACGCUAAUGCAACCAGUAUUGAUGUUAAGUUGGAGAACUAUGGUUUUGAAAAGAUUGAAGUACGAGAUAAUGGUGAUGGGAUUAAGGCAGUUGAUGUUCCUGUGAUGGCAAUGAAGCACUACACAUCAAAAAUAAGCUCUUCGGAGGACCUUGAAAGCUUGAGCACAUACGGUUUUCGUGGCGAAGCUCUGGGCUCCAUUUGUAGCAUAUCACAGGUUUCUAUUACAACAAGGACAGCUGCUGAUGAUUUUAGCACCCAGUACAAUUUUGAUAUAAGCGGUCAUAUAAUUUCUCAGAAGCCAUCUCAUCUUGGAACAGGGACAACUGUAACAGUUCAAAAGCUGUUCAAGAAUCUGCCUGUAAGAAAACAGUUUUAUUCUACUGAUAAGAAAUGUAAGGAAGAAAUGAAAAAAACUCAGAAGCUGUUGAUGGCAUAUGGCAUUAUAAAACCAGAACUGAGAAUAAUGUUUACACAUAACAAGACAAUCAUAUGGCAGAAGACCAGGGUACUAGACCAUAAAAUGGCUUUCAUGGAAGUAGUGGGACCUGCUGUUAUGAAGAACAUGGUACCUUUUCAACAGCACAAUGAAGAUCUGAAGAUAUCUUUCAGUGGCUUUGUUCCAAAGCCUGAUUCAGACAGAGGUUUGACAAGUCAGUCGAACUCAGAAAGAAGUUUCAUUUUUAUAAACAGCCGACCAGUGUAUCAAAAAGAAAUUCUUAAGCUUGUUCAACAGUACUAUAGCAUAUUACACAAGGAUUUUUAUCGAUUGUUCCCGAUUUUCUUUCUCAACAUUACUGUUCCUCCAUCUGCUGUGGAUGUCAAUUUAAUACCAGAUAAAUCUCAAGUAUUAGUACAUAAUAAGGAAUCUAUCUGUCUUGCUAUUGAAGAGAAUUUGAUAUUAUUAUAUGGACCAUUAAAUAGCUCUGUGUCUUAUGAAAUGAAUGCAACCAACAAUACCUCAAAAGAUAUUAAUGAAGCUGAACAAGAAGUUGUAACCCAGUCUUGUACAAGAAUAAAUCCACUUGCUUGUACUUCACAAUCUUCACUUAGUAAUGACAUGCAAAAUGCUAAUGUACAGGAAAACAGAUUAGUUGGCAAUCAAACAAUAUGUAAUCAUUAUUCUCAUGAUACUUCUACUGAAAUUAAAAUACCUGAUAAUGAAAUAGUUGGAUAUGAUCAAUUUCAGGAUAACCAACCAAAUAAUGUACUUUGUCAAGAUCAACAGAAUAAGGAAAUAUUUAAUCUAGAUAAUAAUACUGCAAUGGACAUUCAGUGUGAAAAUAGCAUGGAGAGUGAUUCAAGAAAUUACAGUUUUCAAGAAGAAAGAGAAAGAGCUAAAAUCUCUGCAGAUUCAUCUGAAAUCACUGCUGAUAAAUGGAGUAUGGGGAAUGCAUUUAAAAAUUCCAGAGCAGAAAAUCUGGAACCAGUUCAAAUUUUAAUUCCAGAUAAGGAUGAAGUAAGACCUCAAAAGAAAAAGGGUGGUUUAGCAAAACUUCAAGAAGAAAGUAACAAUCAAGCUGUUAAAAAAACAAAUGUGAUAAAAGAUAAAAUGGGUCAGAUUACAGCCUAUGACUUAAUUAGCAAUAAGACUAUCAGGAAAUCCAUGUCAGCAUUUGAACUUUUUGUUCAAGACUAUUCUCCUGAUUCAUUGAGUGAAAUUGCCAAAUUAAACUCAGAAAAACUACUGCUGAAAAUGGAAGCAAUGUGGAACUCAUUGAAUGAAGAAGAAAAAAAGAAAUAUGAGGAAAAAGCUGACAAAGAUCUGGAACGAUACAACAGGCAAAGCAGAAAAGCUAUGUGUCCUAAUACACUAACAUCAAUGAGGGAGAGAGAGAAAAGACACAAGAUUAAACUAAAAGACUGCUUAAAUAAUCAGCAAAAAUUGGACACCCUUUUUAACUCGCAAAUAAGAAAAAAGCAUGAUGAUUACCAAGCAAAAAAAACUCUACAACUGCCUUUCUCCAUGGAUGCAUUCAAACAAAAACUUCAAAGGCUUGAAUAUAAAAAGGCAGAUAAAGAGGAAUCUUGCUUAAUUCGCCUUCUGAAUUUUCCUGAUGCGUGGAUACUUGCCUCUGAAGAAAAAAUAGAGAUGCUAAAUCCAUACAGAAUGGAAGAAGCCCUUCUCUUCAAAAAACUAAUUGAAAAUCAUAAACUUCUUAUAGAGAAGUUGGACACUCCUAUUAUAUUAACUGAGAGUCUUUUUAGUGACACUCAUUAUAUGGAAGUGCUUUGCAGUAUGCCUAGGGAAAGUGCAAGAUUUGAUGGAUCAUCCUAUUUGUUGGAUCCCAGACUUGUAGCAAAUGGAUUUAAGAUAAGGAUAAUACCAGGUACUUCAGCUGUGGAAAGUCAGCUGGAAAUAGAAGGAAUGACCAGCUGUCUGCCAUAUUAUGGUAUAUCAGAUUUGAAGGAAAUUCUAAGUGCUGUGAUAAAUAAUAAUGCGCAAGAAGUCUAUGAAUGCAGACCUCUUAAAGUGGUAAACUAUUUGGAGGGAGAAGCAGUCCGAUUAUCCCGACAAUUACCUUUGUAUUUAUCAGAAGAAGAUGUACAGAAUACCAUAAACAGAAUGGGAAAGCAAUUUGGAACUCAACAUAACAGCUGUGUCCAUGGUCGUCCAUUUACUCAUUUCUUAACAAAUAUACCACAGAGUAACUAGAAGGAAAUAGAAAAUACUGUUUAGAAUCAUAUUUCACCCUUUUAUAUACAUUAUACUAUGGACAUUUGCUAUUUUUAAAAUUAGUACCGUAUAUGCCGGCGUAUAAGGCGACCCGGCGUAUAAGACGACCCCCGUCUUCGGCGCCGAGUAGCAUGCCUAGAAUGUCAUCUUAUAUGCCAGAAACUACCAGUAUUUCCAGCGUAUAAGAUGACUCGGCGUAUAAGACGACCCCCAACUUCGGCGCCGAUUUUAACCUUUGCAAAAGUUGUCUUAUAUGCCAGAAUAUACGGUAUUUGGCUAUAAUUACUGUAUUGGAAUUUUGUUUGAAAUUUAUGUGAAGAUUAUAUUGAAAAUAACCUGUACUUCUUUCUGCAUAUGAAUACUCCAAGUUCACAUCAGCUGGAUUUAUACAUUUAACAUUGCAUACUUUUAUUAUAGCUAAUCUUGCAAAAAAUAACAGGAAAAUCGUUAACUAAAUUAUGCAUUUCUGUUUCAUAAACAUUGUUCACAAAAUGGGUAAAGAUAUAACUUUAUAGUUCUCUUGUUAGACAUACUUUUUGAUAUAAAACACAAUCAAUGUAAUUUCUUAUUUUUUAUAAGAUAUUCCUGAAUAAAAUGUAUGUUGAAAAAACA